AUGAAUGCCAAUAAAGAAUGUGACAAGGAUUUAUUAAAAGAGUUGGAUUUAGUAAUACGGUCAAUUAAUCCAUAUGCAAAAAGCUAUAAAAUGUUAAAAACUUUGGAAAAUGAAGAAAUAAGUAGGCAGUCACAAAAUUCUGAGACAACAGUAACUGAAAACAAUGUUUCUAUGAUGAUACGUCAAAAUAGAACUGUCGAUUGUAGACGCUAUAAUUUACCAAAUUGCAGUGAAGUAGCUGUUAUAUUCAAAAACAAUGAUGGUGCUCCACCUUUUCAACGUGACAUUCGUAUCUAUCCAAAAUCUGAGAAUAAUGAUACUUUCAUAAAUAUCAAUAGUUUUAGCUGUAAUUUAGACCCUAUGUGUUACACUUUAAUGUUUCCAUAUGGAGAACCUGGAUGGGAGCCUAAUAUGCUUAGUAAUAUUCAAAAUGAUGAUGAAAAAGAAAAGCACAUUACAAUGUUGCAAUAUAAAAAAUCUAAAUUAUCUAUAACUACUCAACAACAGAAUCCUUUGCUUAACUAUGGUAAAUUACUUCAACAAUAUGUUGUAGAUUCUUAUGUGCAAGUUGAAGCCAAUAGAUUGAAUUUUGUGAGAAAUCAUCAAAAAGAUUUGCGUGUUGAAAGCUAUACUGGUUUAAUGGAUUAUAUGAGAAAUAAAACAGAGGAAAAUGCUUGUGAAGUAGGAAAGCAAAUUAUUUUACCUAGCUCUUUCGAAGGUUCACCUAGAAAUAUGAGAGAAAAGUAUUUAGAUGCAAUGUCAAUUGUUAGUACAUGUGGAUCCCCAGACCUAUUUAUUACAUUUACUUGCAAUCCUAAAUGGCCAGAAAUAUCAGAUAAUUUAUUGUACUCACAAUCUGCAAGUGACAGACCUGAUUUAGUAUGCAGAGUAUUUUCAUUGAAACAUAAAGAAUUAAUUCACGAUAUUGUCGAAAAUAAAAUAUUUGGCGAAGUAAGUGGUUAUGUUUACACUAUUGAAUUUCAAAAACGAGGCUUACCACAUGCUCACAUGUUAUUCAUUUUGAAAGAUAAAAUAUUGAGUAGUGAAAUGAUUGAUAGAUUUGUUAGUGCUGAAAUUCCAGAUCCUAAAGUGUAUCCUGCAUUACAUGAAAUAGUCAAAAAUAAUAUGAUUCAUGGUCCUUGUGGUGCAAUGAAACCUAAUGCUUAUUGUAUGGAAAAUGGAAAAUGUGUAAAAGGAUUUCCAAAAACUUUUCACAAUGAAACUUGUAUGGAUAGAGCAGGUUAUCCUUCUUAUAGGCGUAGAAAUGAUAUCGAAAUUACUAAAAAUGGUGUUACCUAUGAUAAUAGAUAUGUUGUUCCUUAUAAUAAGUACCUAUCAAAGAAAUAUAAUGCACAUAUUAAUGUUGAAGUAUGUACAACUGUAAAAAGUGUAAAGUAUAUUUUCAAAUAUAUUUACAAGGGUUAUGAUUGUGCUUGUAUUAAAAUAAUGCAUCAAGGAACUUCGUUAUUAUUGUAUGAUGAGAUAGAAUCCUACCUAGAUUGUCGUUAUAUAAGUGCAUGCGAAGCUGCUUGGAGAUUAUUUGAAUUCAAGUUACAUGAUCGAUCACAUAGUGUCAUUCGUUUACAAGUUCAUUUACCAGACGAACAAAAUGUGAUGUUUAAAAAAGGAAACGAAGAAAUAGGUUUGCAACGAACUAAGAGUACUCUGUUAGCUUGGUUUGAAUUGAAUAAGAAGAAUGACCAUAGUAGAAAAUAUAAAUAUACUGAAAUACCUCAACAUUAUGUGUUUAAUAAAAGUAAUCAGGUGCAACAAGUUAUGAAGAUAUCCGAACUGUAA